GUCAGUCCAGUAGUUGGUUCCUGGUCGGAUUGGAGGAGAGUGAUUGGGAUGGGGUUGGCUUCCAUUAACGACAACAAUAGUCCGGGCAGCAACGAAGAACCGUUUCGGUUUGUGGAUGGCGAGUUGGCGUAGGUUUCGAGGCUGUUUGGGUUGGUGAUGGCGGCGGGGGACGCCGACGGUCCCGGGCCGCUGUCGCUGACCCAGUGAGGUGGAGCUGGGGCUUGAAGUGCUCGGUGUGUCCGGCUUCAGGCCGUCAUCUGAUCUGUACAUGUCUCCAGUGGUGACAGGAAUGGAUGUGACCAGCCGAUGUACAACUGGUGAUCCAAACCGGCUUCCUGAGGGACUGCCUCAACCUGCACGCUUGCAUUAUGUCUCUGACAAACACCCACGACUGACUCUGGAUGCCAUCAACCAACUGAGGAGAAACCAGGGCCUGUGUGACGUUGUGCUUGUUGUAGGCCUGAAGAAAAUCUAUGCCCAUCGGGUGGUGCUUGCAGCCUGCAGUCCGUACUUUCAUGCGAUGUUCACCAGCGAACUUGCUGAAAGUAGACAGACAGAAGUUCUCAUUAGAGACAUCGAUGAACGUGCCAUGGAAUUGCUCAUUGAGUUUGCAUAUACAUCACAAAUUAUUGUGGAGGAGAACAAUGUCCAGACUUUGCUGCCAGCUGCUUGCUUAUUACAGCUGACUGAGAUUCAAGAAACCUGUUGUGAAUUUUUAAAGCGACAGCUUGAUCCCUCCAAUUGUUUGGGAAUUCGAGCGUUUGCUGACACUCAUGCUUGCAGGGAAUUGCUGCGGGUGGCCGAUAAGUUUACUCAACACAACUUUCAGGAGGUAAUGGAGAGUGAGGAGUUUAUGCUUCUGCCAGCAAACCAGAUGAUUGAUAUUAUUUCCAGCGAUGAGUUGAAUGUGCGAAGUGAGGAGCAAGUGUACAGUGCUGUUGUAUCCUGGGUCAAAUAUAACAUUCAAGAGAGGAGAGGACAACUUGCUCAGGUUUUGCAACAUGUUCGACUGCCAUUGCUGAGUCCUAAAUUCUUGGUUGGCACAGUUGGAACGGACUCUUUGAUCAAAAGUGAUGAAAUGUGCAGAGAUCUCUUGGAUGAGGCAAAGAAUUAUCUGCUUCUGCCACAGGAGAGACCCCUUAUGCAGGGCCCUCGAACACGACCCCGUAAACCUAUACGAUGUGGAGAGGUGCUUUUUGCUGUUGGUGGUUGGUGCAGUGGUGAUGCAAUCUCUAGUGUGGAACGCUAUGAUCCUCAAGCACAUGAAUGGCGAAUGAUGGCAUCAAUGUCCAAGCGAAGGUGCGGUGUUGGCGUGGCAGUUCUGGAUGAUCUUUUGUAUGCAGUUGGAGGUCAUGAUGGGUCUUCCUAUCUCAACAGUGUAGAAAGGUAUGACCCCAAGACAAACCAAUGGAGUAGUGAUGUAGCUCCAACAAGCACGUGUAGAACCAGUGUUGGGGUAGCAGUGCUAGGAGGAUUCCUGUAUGCUGUUGGAGGACAAGAUGGAGUGUCCUGUCUUAACAUUGUAGAAAGGUUUGAUCCUAAGGAAAAUAAGUGGAUGAGAGUAGCACCUAUGAGCACUCGUCGGCUGGGGGUAGCUGUGGCAGUUCUUGGUGGACAUCUGUAUGCUACAGGGGGCUCUGACGGAACGUCUCCACUGAAUACAGUUGAACGUUUCAUUCCUCAGGAGAAUCGUUGGUCUCCUUGCCCACCUAUGGGAACAAGACGGAAACACCUUGGCUGCGCUGUCUUCCAGGACAUGAUCUAUGCAGUGGGGGGACGUGAUGACACAACAGAGCUCAGCAGUGCUGAGCGAUACAACCUUCGAACCAAUCAGUGGUCUCCAGUGGUUGCUAUGACUUCCAGACGGAGUGGAGUUGGGCUUGCAGUUGUAAAUGGACUUCUGAUGGCUGUUGGUGGCUUUGAUGGCACAACCUACUUAAAAACUGUUGAAGUCUUUGAUCCCGAUGCAAAUACAUGGAGAUUGUUCGGAAGUAUGAACUACAGACGCCUUGGUGGUGGGGUUGGAGUGGUGAAAAUGACACAAUGCGAGUCACACAUUUGGUGAACUGACACUUCCCAGAGGAUUGGCAUGCAUGUUUUACCAUUCGUAACCUGGCACUGAAUUGUUAAUUUGAAUGCUAUUGGUUAUAGAGUGCAGAAGAGCACCCACUGGAACAAGUGAAUGAAGCAAUCUUGUACACUUCAAUAUGGGUAUUUAGCAGUUGUAUUUAAAAUCGGAGCUAAUAGGAAUAACCAGAGGCAUCCUUUUAAUCUUAAUGAAAUAAAACCUGCUGCCUUAAAUUAACCAGCUCUAUUUAAAAAUACUCAAUUUACAAGCUUUUGAAAUAACUUCAUGGCAGCUGUAUACCUUAUUAACCAGCAAACUCUAUGCAGCUUGCAAACAAGAAAUUAAGUAGCUGAGUGCUCUUAUUGGCAGAGGUUAAUACUACAACAUUCAAAAGGGCACAGGAAAGUCAUAAUAGUGGGAGAACUCUGCUUUGGUCAAAGUCUACAUUAGGGGAGAGGGGACAAAUCAAUUUAAAGUUGUUAUACACUACAUUAAGUUCAUGGAAUGUAAACAGACACACACAAGUUUGCAGUAGUGGAGAAGUUAUGAUUCAGUGUGGUCUGUAAACUGACUGGAUUGUGUUAUGCUUUGCCAACCCAUUGUUUUAUAUUUGAGCUUUAAUUCAACUGUAAUGCCACAAUUUAUUCUUCCUGAGGAGAUCAAAUGGGGGCUGUAUUUAAAGGGCAUGAGUGACAAGUGCACAGUCAGAUUUCCACAACAAAAGUUAGCACAGGAUAAUUGAAUUCUUGGUUUUGGUUAUCUGUUAACUUUACAGUUUCAAUCCAAAAGGCAAGAGGUUUAAAUUUGAUGUACAAGUUUAGCCUUGAGACAGUGAACAUAUGUAAUGCUAUAAUCAUAGCCUAGUUACAGUUGGUAACUAAAACCUGCACUACUUUUAAAUGUCUUCAUGCAACUUGUUUUUUGGCUUUAACAGCUGUAACUUACUACCUCAGCUGUUGAGUUAAGCACUGAAAUCUCUAGAUAUCAUAUGUAGUUCCAAGUUGAGACUAUUAGUUUAAUUAUGGGAACUCCCAAGUCUAAUUGCAGGGUUCAUGCACUUCAGUUCCUGUUAAGUUCUAGCAUUUCCCUGUUAGAAGUAUUUGCUAGCUCUUACCUUGCAUACCUUUACAUGAAUUAUCCAUUGAAUAUAUGCUACCACUGUAGUGAAUGGGUUAAUGGAUUCAGUUGCUUAAUUGAAAACAUUAUUGCUGUUGCAAUGUUGCAUUUGUAUAUUUGACUUGUACAGUAUUUAAAUAAAAUUGUGCAAACAUGCAGAAAACUAGCUUUGGAAUAAUUAAACCCUUAUUUGACAAG